AUGGAGGAUUCGAAGACAGCAGAGAUUCAGAAGCUACAGCAGGAGCUGGAGGGAGCAAUGAAGAAGGUCGAUGAGGCCCACGCAGAAACCCUAGCAGCAAGGGCGGAGAUACAAGCAGCCAAGGCGGAAAUUCAUGCAGCAAAGGCGGAGACACAAGUAGCCAAGGCAGAAACACAGACAGCAAAGGCAGAAACACAGGCAGCAAAGGCGGAAAUUCAAACAGCCAAGGCAGAGACACUAACAGCCAGGGCAGAGACACGAGCAGCCAAGGCGGAGACACGAGCAGCGACGGCAGAGACACAAGCAGCAAAGGCAGAGACCGAGAGGCUCUCUCUUAAAGUGGCAACAGUGGAGGCGGAGGUGAGGGAGGAGAUUGGGAAGAGGCUACUAGAGGAGACGCAGGAGGAGCUGCGCAAGGUGCAUGAGCUGUGCGCGCGGUUGGAGAACCAAGUGCUGUCUAGGCAGCAGGCCGUGUCUGCGUCUGGGACGAUCGCUGUCUCUCCCAACUUUGUCACUCACCCUCCUUCAAUCCCCCCCCUCUUCACCAUCCUACCACUUCUAGAUUGGAGGAGCAGGAGAACCAGGUGCUGUGGCCGCAAUUAA